AUUCAAUAAAUGGUGAUUGAUAAGUUUCAUAAACUAUCAUUUAUGUACAUAAGUAAGUACAUAAGUAAGCUGCGCAGAAACUCGACUCUAGAAAAAUGGCUCAAACCACCGAGAAAAUUAUUAAAACAGUUCUUUGACAAACUUGUAUUUUAAACAGACCGCCAUAAAUGUGCACCAGCGCCAUCUAUCCGGAACCCGUGGAAACUACUCGAAGAAUAGUUUCCUCGAUGCCCCGAUAGGUGGCGCUAGUUGACUAAACUACUAUUUCCUAUACUGUCGUAAUAGUCCAUAACAUGACUGCAUGACGUGCAAUCGCACGCGCAGUUCCACUCAGGUGGCGAAGGAAAAGAGUUAAUUAUUCAUAAAUUUUCUCAAUCGCUCUAUUGUAACAUAUAAAUAGCAAAAAUAAUAGUAAUAUGAAAUCGUAAUAAUGUCUUUCUAACACGGUUAAUUGUGAUUUUCGUAUAAGUCUAAUUAAAAAAGAUUCAACGAAUAAAACGCACAUUUGACAUUUAUCUACUAUGACUUGAAACACUUACAGGACUUACAUGAUUUUAAUAAAAAGUAUGUGAAGAUACAUGUGUCAUUAACAGUCGAAAGCGGUAGAUAAACGAUGGCACCCACGAGAGAUAAAUGGGUGAGGCGUUUUAUUAUUCCGGAAACAACACGGCAUAAGAAAGGGUUUACUAUUUACAAAGUUACAUCUGUGGUAUUUUUAAAAAGUUCUCACGAAGAAAUUUCUAAAGUAUCUGUAUGGAAACGUUAUAAUGAUUUCAAGAAACUUCAUUCAGAAUUGCAUGUUCUGUGCUCAAGAUCUCAAAUUAAGGAACCUUUCCCAUCAUUUCCAAAGCCAAAAUUUUUUGGCAGAUUUGAAACAGAAGUUAUUGAAGAAAGAAGAGAAUGUGCAUUAAAGUUUUUAGAAUUUAUAGGAAGACAUUCGUAUUUAUAUUCUAGUGAUAUUUUCAUAAAAUUCUUUGAAACUAGUCAUGCGGAUUAUUAUUUAAAUGAUUGUUCACAAUCUCUUAGCUCUGAUACAUCAGCAGAGGAUGAUCAUAAUACUUAUAUAAAUUCUGUGCCUCCUAAUGAUAUUGUUUCUCAAAAUAUUCUUCAACCUAAAAGUAUUCAAGCUUCAUUAAUUAAUCCAUCUAUCCCUAAGGAUGAAAUGAAUCAAUCUCAAGAAAUAUAUAAAUCUAAAGAACAAUUUCCAGAAUUGAAUGAUUUAACACAUAAAACAGAGAAUGAAAAAUCUAUAAAAGAAAAUACAUGUAAUAAUUUUCAUGUUAAAGAUGAUAGCUUAAAUAAAAUUACAUCUAAAUUAGAGGAUAAUCAAUUAGUUUUUAAUAAAAAUAACAAUUUGUACAAAGAUAAAAAUCAUAAUAUUAAGAAUGAAAAGGAUUCUAUAAUUGUUCAAACAUCAAGUAGUAACAUUACAGUUGAUACUGCUGUUGAAGAAUUAAAUUUUUCGAUAAUAGCACAGGAUGGUACUGAUCUACCACAGACAUGGCCAGAAUCUUCACAAUAUAUUUUAGUUGCAGCUGCACAUAUGAGUGCAGCUUUUAGACACGAAGAUCUUACCGAAUAUGAAGAAGCAUUUACUCAGUACAAAAUGGGAAUUUCUAGUCUGCGAUCGGGCGUUGAGUCUGAUUCAAAUAAAGUAAGGGCGGAAGUAAUAAAAGAAAAAAUAUCAAAAUAUUUAGAACGUGCAGAAAAGCUUUAUAACAGAUAUUUAAAUUGUAAUGUUUCAUUACUGAGUAAACCUGUGUCAGAGCUUCAAUAUUAUAAAGUUCUGAAAAUUAUGAAAUCAGUGAUGCUUGUAAAAGAUGUUCGACUAAACUGCCUCAACAUUGUAAAAGCUAUAGAAAAAUUAUCUACAAAUAAAGAAAGUAUAAGUGACUACAUAUUACGUGGUCAAAUACCAUACAUGGUACGUUUACACGCCUGUGUUGAGACAGAAACUACCAUAUUUCUGAUUUUACAGCAUCUGAGUCGUGGAAAAUUAUGGGACUUUAUAACAUCACAUUACAAUACUAAUAAUAAUAAAAAUUAUAAUAAAAUAAUUAUGGAAAAUACUGUUGAAGAAGCUAUUGAUGAUAACAUUAUUUUAAGAAAAAGUGGCAUACAAAAUGAAGUUAAAGACAGUAAUGUAAAGAAGAAUUCGAAAUUUAUAAGUACAAAUCCACAAGUACAAAUGGAAGUACACUCGGUAACGAUAGAUGAAAAAUAUGAAGAAUAUAGUGAUGUAUCUACUACCCGAUUAUUAGAAAAAGCACAAAUAUUAUUGCAGUCGGUCAAUGCAACUUUACAAGAAAGUAAUUCCGUCGUAAAUCGAAUACGCGAAUCAGAUGGCUUGAUUAACCAUCAAGGUAAUACCUCAUUAUUAAAUCUAAAAAACAAUGUACAUCGAUCUAAAAACUGUAACGAAGUAAUAGAUGUUAAUGAUGUCUCAUUAAAAAUUGACGAUAUAAAUGAUGAAAAGUUGACGAAGGAAAAAAUACCUGAAAAAAGUGUGAUAACUUCGAAUUAUUCAACACUAUAUAAUAUUAAAAAUACCAAAAGUCAAUGUAAUACGAAUGAAUCAUCUUUAAGCAACAGUUUUGAUAGAAGGUCAAAUGAUUCUUCGACGGAUAAUUCAAAACCGGUCGAUACACAGUUUGCAGUAGACUAUAACUGCACCGAUAGCGUUACAAAACAAUGUGAAUUAAACAAAUCAAUGGAGAUCUGUAACAAAACUGAAAUAGAUAAUUAUUUCAUACCAGAUGAUCAACAAAUGCAAUAUAACGACACGACGUUAUUGAUGGACUCAACAAAAAAUAACAUUGAGGAUAAUGAACAAGAGCUUUGGACAAUACCAGAAAAUGUAAUCCGUCUUUGGGCUGCUGAAAUACUUUUAGCACUGGAAGCAUUGCAUCAACAAAAAGUUAUAAUUUUCGAUUUAAAACCCGAUAACAUAUUACUCGAUGAUAAUGGGCACGUGCAAUUAACGUACUUUAUACCUCGUCACGACGUAGAUCUGUUGAAAUACAAAUAUCCGUACUCGGCUCCUGAAUUAUAUACAUUUUCACCUAUAACUCCUCUUACUCCAGCUACAGACAUUUGGAGUUUUGGAGUUAUUUUAUAUGAAUUAAUAGUUGGCAAUAAAUUCCAAGAGAAACACCCAGUUAUAUUUCAACCACAUUCCAUACUUAACAUUCCUGGAAAGCUUACAGAAAAUGCAAAAUCUUUGCUACAUAAUAUACUAAAGUAUGAAUCAAAUGAAAGAAUGACAAUACCCGAAAUAAAACAACAUCCAUUCUUUAAAGAUUUUAACUGGUCAAGUUUGGUAAAUACUCUUUAAGGGUAUAAUAAAAGUUUCAUAUGUAUUCCAUUUUAAUGGAAUAUAUUAGUGCUCCAAAGAUUCUGAAACGAAGUCAUAAAUAAACUUAUAUACUGUCGACAUUCCAUCAACAAAUCUAGUUGUAAAUAUUACGUUAGCGUUGUUAAACAUUCCAUCCUUUAAUGAUACAACAAUAAACUGUGAACGUUUAAAA